AUGCAUCCGCAUCCCUUCCGCAUUGAGUCAGCCCCUCCCUCUCGGUCUUCCAACCACACGCCAGUCUCGGCCCAUCGUCACGCUACGCUCAACGCCUCUAGUACCGGUGUUGAGACGACAGACCAUGAGACGAGCGAUGCCGUCGAGCGACACCCGUCUGCUGUUAGCGACGUUGAGAGCCAAGUGACUGCGGGAGCUGGAGCUAGCGUGGGUGGUCGCCUGCCCAGGUAUAACCCCGAGAACGAUCCCUACGGCCUCUCCAGCGCGUACAAGACGGAGAAGGAUCUGGAGCGCAUCAAGGCAAACACAUCGAGAAAACGGCAGGACCGGACCGGGCCUGGGUCUGACCGCAAGAAGCGGACGGGAGGUGUCCUCGCAGGCUGUGUCCCAUCAGCCGGCCGGUCAGCCAUACAGGCAAAACGCGUUCAGACGUUUUAUCGCAAGCAGAACGAUGCCAUUGAACGCCUGCUGAAGUCGGUUGAAGAGCACGUGGCCGAGGCUAAGCAGGAGCAGGGCGAGGAUCUCCUGAAGUACCGUAUCGCUGUUUGGGGCUCGUUCAUCGCCAACAUCAUCCUUGCUGCGCUGCAGGUCUACGGCGCCGUCGCAUCCGGCUCGUUGUCGCUCUUCACUACGAUGGCCGACUCCAUAUUCGACCCUCUCAGCAACUUGACGCUCAUCUUGUCGUCACGCGCCGUCCGCCGCGUCGAUGCAUCGCGGUUCCCCAGCGGCAAGGCACGGCUCGAGACAGUGGGAAACAUUGUCUUCUGCUUCCUCAUGAUCUCUGUCUCGCUCAUCCUCAUCGCCUUCUCGUGCCAGGACCUCACGCAGCGCGCCAAGGAAGGUGGCGUCAACGACUUCCACCUGCCGUCCGUCAUCGCCGUCGUCGUCGCCUUCAGCACCAAGCUUGCGCUCUUCCUGUACACAUGGGCUCUCAAGGACAAGUACAGCCAGAUCUUCAUUCUCUGGCAGGACCACCGCAACGACUUGCUGAUCAAUGGCUUCGGUAUCCUCACCUCUGUGGGCGGUGCCAAGCUGGUCUGGUGGAUCGACCCCAUGGGCGCCAUCAUCCUGUCGGUCAUCGUGUCGGGCAUCUGGCUGCGCACGGCGUUUGCCGAGUUCAUGCUGCUUGUGGGCGUGGUGGCCAACGUCGAGACGCAGCAGCUGAUCACGUACGUGUGCGUGACGCACUCGGACAUGAUCCGGCAGAUCGACACGGUGCGCGUCUACCACUCGGGCCCCCGCCUGAUCGCCGAGGUGGACGUGGUCAUGGACCCGUCGGCCUCGCUCAUGGCGACGCACGACGUGGCCGAGGAGCUGCAGUUCAAGCUCGAGAGCCUGCCCGACGUGGAGCGGGCAUACGUGCACGUCGACUACGAGACCACGCACAAGCCGGAGCAUGCGCUGAAGAAGGACCUAUGA